AUGAGUUUAAUAUUUGCGCACUCUGUGCAUCAUGAUAACCAGGCGUUUGAUGUGUACUCCAAGAUCGAAUUUCCAAUUGCCGCAAAGAAAAACUUUGGGAAUUCACAUCUUCGUGUGGUUGGCACUUGUGAUGGGCCAAUUUGCCUUGCGGAUGAUAUCCCCUCUUAUGCUAAUAUGCUUACAACUUUCGUUAUAUGGAACCCAACCAUUAGAAAGUUUGUGACCCUUCCCAGGCCUGGUAUUACCUUUCUGUCACAUGGUAGGAACAAUGCUUCUCUUGGGUUUGGUUUUGAUGCCAUGACCAAUGACUAUAAGGUUGCGCGACUUGUGACUUUAUUGGAGGAAGAUGAGCAGCCAACUCUAGCUGAGGUUUAUUCCCUAGCCACAGGCACAUGCAGCAAUCUUGAUUGUGUUUCUCCUGCAUCUCUAAUAACAAAAACUGAAGCAGACGAAGAAGAAGCUUUAACAGAGCCAUCGAAAGUAGAGAUUGGGUUUGAUUUGAAAAUUAUGACGUUUGGGGUUCUUGUUGCUCCUUCUUAUUGGUACUCUGCUGAAAUCAUACAAGAUAUCCUAUUUAGGCUACCCGUUAAAUCUCUGAUCAAUUGCACCUCAGUGUGCAAGGCAUGGAGGUCCAUGAUCAUGAACAAAAGCUUUAUCCGCGCCCACUUAAGCCUAACAGUCGAUGUUGCUAACCAGGAUGACAUUGACCUCCUCCUACUCCACAUAAUUUCUUGUAACAGAACCAGAACCUACGGCCACAAAACGAUCAUUUCCGAGAUAAAAGAUGAGGUUCACUCUGUGCAUUAUGAUAACCACGCUUUUGAUGUGUACUCCCAGAUCGAAUUCCAAUUGCUCCAAAGCAAGAACUGUGCAAUUCUCAUCUUCAUGUGGUCGGCACUUGUAGCAGGUUGUGCGACUUGUAACUUUACAACAGAAGAUGACAGGCCAACUGUAGCUGAGGUUUAUUCCCUAGCCACUGGCACAUGGAGGAGUCUUGGUUGUGUUUCUCCUGCAUGUGGAACAAAUGGAGCUGCAUCCAAUGCUUUUGUUAAUGGGGUUCUUCAUUGGCCUGUAGUUGGUUACACAAAUGGUGAUUCUCGCUAUUUUAUAUUGACGUUUGACCUGGGCAAGGAGGUGUUCGGUAAGAUACCUAUACCCAAGAUUAUCCAUUGGAAUCCCAAGUGGGGAUUGCAAUUGUCUGUUUCUGAUAACAAAAAAUCUAUUGCUUUGUUCAUGAGGCCAAACAAUCGUGAAGAUUUCUAUAUGGAUUAUGGGCAUGAAGAAUCUGUUCUUGAUAUGUGGGUGAUGAAAGAGUAUGGCAGAGAGGAAUCAUGGACCAAAUUGAUUACUCUCAAUCCACAAGGUCCAGAAACAAUUUUCCUCGGCACCUUAUGUUUUAGGAAGAGUGGGGAAGUACUGUUACUGCUCAAAGAAAAAGAGAGGCAGGAACUAGUAUCACUAGACCUUGUGAGCAAACAGUUUAAACUUCUUGGGAUUUCUGGAUAUAAAUAUUGUACUGGUCAUUUUUAUAAAGAAAGCCUCCUCUUACUCGACAAGAGCAAUGCAGAGUCUUACUAAGAGGAAGAACAGGUAAUGUGAUUAUAGUGCUGAGAGCAGAACAUUUCAAUUCUUUGUUUGCCAGGUUUUUAUGUUCAUUAAAAGCAUGAUUGGUGACUAAAUUGC